AGCGGAAGUGACACACCGGAAGUAGCCGGACGGGUUGGGGGGACACCGGAAGUAGCCGCGGCCACGUGGAGACGCCGAGAUGGGGCGGCCCGGGAAGAGCCGGUUCCAGCGGCAGGAGCGCGCGCGGGCGCGGCUCCGCUCCGAGCAGCUCUUCGGCUCCGCGCCCCAUUCCUUCGUGUUCGCGCGGGGCCGCGCCGGGAGGAGCCUGCGGGGGCUGAGCCGGGACCUGCGGCGGGUGAUGGAGCCCUACACGGCCCGGAGCCUGCAGGUGCGCCGCAGCAACUCCCUGCGGGACCUGGUGGCCGUGGCCGGGCCCUUGGGCGUCUCCCAGUUCCUGGUGCUCAGCAAAUCCCAGUUUGGCAUCAACCUGAAAAUUUUCCGGCUGCCAGGGGGUCCCACCUUGACUUUCAAAGUUCUGCAGUACUCCCUGGUGAGGGACGUGGUGUCGGCGCUGCGGCGGCACCGGAUGCACGAGCAGCAGUUCCGCCACCCCCCCCUGCUGAUUUUGGGGAAUUUUGGGGAGCCCCAGAUGCAGGUGAAGCUGAUGGCCGGGAUGUUCCAGGGGAUGUUCCCCAAAAUCAACGUGCACAAGGUCAAUCUGAACUCCAUCCGCCGCUGUUUGCUCGUCUCCUACGACUCCGACUCUCAGCACCUGCAGCUCCGCCACUACAGUAUCCAGGUGGUGCCCGUGGGGCUCAGCCGGGGGCUCCGGAAAAUCCUGCGGGAGAAAUUCCCCAACCUGAGCAGGAUGGAGGAUGUCAGCCAGCUGCUGACGGGGGAGGCGCUGCUGUCCGAGAGCGAGGCGGAGCCGGACGGGCCCCAGAACGUUCUGGAACUGCCACAGAACUGCUCCGGGAGGGGCAACGCUGCGACACAGCAGAGCGCAGUGAGACUGACAGAGAUCGGGCCCCGUCUGACGCUGCAGCUGGUGAAGGUGGAGGAGGGGCUGGGCCAGGGCAACGUCCUGUACCACGGGCUGGCCCCCAAAGGUGAGGAGGAGCUGCGGGAGCUGCUGGCCCGGAAGGAGCAGCGGCUGCAGGUGAAGGCGGAGCGGCGCCGGAAGCAGGAGCAGGACCUGGAGAGGAAACGGCAGCAGAGGCUGAGACACAGGGAGCGCAGCCUGGCUGGGAUGGGCCGGGCUGCAGGUGGCCCAGGUGACCCCUCAGGUGACAGUGACGUCGAGGACCCCGGCGCACCUGAGGCAGGGGAGGCGGAGCCGUCGGACGAGGACGACGCCGAAUAUUACAGAGAGGAGCUGGGGGAGGAGCCUGACACAGAUUUGUUCCCCAGCAGCUCCAAGAGGAAGCGAAGCCCCUCGGGCGCCCCCGGAGCCCGGAAACGGCGGAAGAAAAACCCGAAUUCCCAACAUGGAACCCCAAAAUCCCAACCUGGAACCCCAAAAUUCCAACCUGGAACUCCAAAAUCCAAACAGAGAACCCCAAAUUCCCGACCUGGAACCCCAAAUUCCAAACCUGGAACUCCAAAAUUCAAACACAGAGCCCCAAAAUUCGAACAGAGAAUCCCGAAGUCUCAGCCUGGAACCCCAAAAUCCCAUCCAGGACCCCCAAAUUCCCAACCUGGAACCCCCAAACCCCAACCUGGAACUCCAAAAUUCAAACAGAGGACCCCAAAAUCCCGACCUGGAACCCCAAAUUCCAAACCUGGAACCCCAAAAUUCAAACAGAGAACACCAAAAUCCCAACCAGGAACUGAAAAAUCUCACCCAGGAACCCCGAAAUCCAAACACAGAACCCAAAAAGUCAAAUCAAAAACCCCAAAUUCUCAUCCUGGAAUUUCAAAAUCCAAAUCCAGAACCCCAAAAUCCAAAUUCAGAACCCCGAAAUCCUGACCUGGAUCCCAAAAAUUCCAGUCAGGAACUGAAAUAUUGUACCCAGGAACCCCAAAAUUCAAAUCCAGAAUCCCCAAAAUCCCAAACUCAGAACCCCAAAAUCCUGACCUGGA